AAGAAGAAGGAGCUUCCAACCAUUGUUUUGAACCUGUAUCGUGAUGGCGUCUGUUCGAACUAGACAUGCGAGGUGCUCUGUUGUUGAUUGUAAAAACCAACACAAAUGUAUGUAUUCUGUCCCAGCUCCAGCAGACCAGAAGAAGCUUUGGUUGAGUUUUAUUUUCGACAGCAACGUGCCGGCCACGCUGCCUGCUGGUGUGUUCGUGUGUGCCAACCACUUCCCCUCGGGCUGCUUCAGCAACGAGGGGCAGUACAAGGCAGGGUUUUCAUCCACACUCACCCUCCGGAAAGGAUCAGUCCCCACAGUCCGGGACCCAUCACACCAAGCAGCGGCCAGUACUCCACAGACGGUCCGAGUGGUACAUGUUGCCUGUCAGACAGAGCCCCCAACGACAACAAGGGUUGGCACACGGCCUUCUUUGAAAACUCUGCAGCCUCACUUUAGAAGUACAGAGGGAUUGAGCGCGAUCAAGCGUCCAUCCAAAAGGCGACGUCUGGAGUUGGAGGAAGAGGAAGAGAGGGAAGAUGAGCCUAUGGAGGCCAGAUCCUCAACAGGGGGUCCAGAACCACAUCCUGAGGACUCGGUGACCGUCUUAUCAGAGUCACCAGAGUCACCACCUACAUACUCAGUGACCGUCUUAUUAGAGUCACCAGAGUCACCACCUACAUCAGAGCCCCCCUCUUCCAUCCAAAAGAUUCCAAAGUACAUUGUGUACGAGACCUGCCUCCUGGAGCUGUUUCAGAGCUGCCCAGUGUGCCAGAGAGAGUCUGAUGUCGCCACCAAUAAGUGCGGUACAUUCAUCGCAGUGAACCAGCUCUGCGCCCAUUGUGGGUUCAGUAGAAAGUGGAGUAGUCAGCCUCUUGUUGGCAACACCCCAGCUGGAAACCUCCAACUUUCUGCUGCUGUGUACUUCACUGGGGCAUCCUUCAGCAAAUUAGAAAAGGUCUUCCAAGCAAUGCACCUGAAGCUGUUCAAGUACGACACCUUUAGGAGACAUGCACGGUCCUUCCUUGAGCCGGCAAUAGUGCAUAAAUGGAAGGCGGAGCAGGAUGACGUGUUGCUGCAGCUCAGCCAGGAGCAGUCCGUUAUAGUCGGUGGUGAUAUGAAGGCUGGCUCUCCAGGACACUGUGCCACAUAUGGGAGUUACGCUCUUAUGGACCUGAAGAGAAACACCAUCAUUGAUGUACAGCUAGUGCAGAGCAAUGAAGUGGGUGGGAGUUGCCACAUGGAGAAGGAGGGCCUGAAAAGGAGCCUGGCACUGGUGGAGGCAUGUGGGGUGACACUGGAUUGCAUAGUGACAGAUCGUCACUUGCAAAUCCAGACAUUUCUGAGAGAAGCCAAGAUCAACCACUACUAUGAUGUCUGGGGCGUGGAGAAAGGAAUAUCCAAGCAACUGGAGAAGAUCUCCAAAACCAAGGAGUGUGAGCAGUUGAAGAAGUGGAUGCGCAGCAUAAAAAAUCACAUCUACUGGACUGCUGCUUCCUCAACAACCGGGCCAGAGAGAGUGGCAAAGUGGACUUCAAUCCUGAAUCACGUGCAAGACAUCCACACUCACGGUGAUCCCUUGUACCCCAAAUGCCAGCAUCCACUACGCGUCUCAAGGGACAGGAGCAAGUGGCUGAGGGCAGGAACCCCUGCCUUUUAUAAGCUGGAGAAGAUCUUGACUAACAAGAGAAUCCUGAAGGAUGUGGAGAAGCUGAGCCCCCACCAUCAGACAUCAGCGCUGGACGCUUUCCACAGUGUGAUUCUUCGCUUUGCUCCCAAGAAUGUGGUUUUUCCUUUUCUUGGAAUGCUGUGCAGGCUCUACCUGGCUGCCAUGCAUUUCAACGAAAAUGCAAACCGCCCAAAGAAGAAAGCUGACGGGGAACCGCUCUUCAAAGUCACUUUCCCCAAGACAAAAAAGGGAGAGUGCAAAGCCAAACCAGUAAAAGUGGACCCAACUUUCAAGUAUGUUGAUGAGCUGAUGGACCUCCUCUUUGACCAUGUCUUUUAUGACAAGGAAUCGUUCCAGAGUGAGGUUUUGAACAUCCCCAUCCCUGAAGAUCCGUGUCCCAACUUUGACAGGCCAGCUAAGGAGGAUGUCAUUGCCAGCUAUGUGUCCCGGUUCAAUCAAGGGGCAGGCUGAACCCUGUGUAUGUGCCGUCUGCGUCAGAGAACUCCCUACGUAUGCGCAGAACUAUACAAGAUGGUAUGACCACCCUUAUCCUGCGACCUAAACAUCCCCAGACCCAAGAGACAAACACUGUAGGCCAGGUACCUGUAACGGCUGAGAAGAAUACAAGGAGUUACUAUGUUGUUCUUGUUUCCUCUUUUUUCCCCCUACUUGGAUAUGAAUAAUGUUAUUUAUUUACAACAUGGUGUAUAUAAAUAGUGUAUGGUGUAUAUACA